AUGGCAGAAGCUAAUGUUCAUUUGUCCCAGGAUCAGUUCAUCUGUUCAAUCUGUCUGGAUUUACUGAAGGAUCCUGUGACCAUUCCCUGUGGACACAGUUACUGUAUGAGCUGUAUUACAGACUGCUGGGAUCAAGAUGAUCAAAAAAGUAACUACAGCUGCCCUCAAUGCAGACAGAUCUUCACUACAAGACCUGUUUUAGGUAAAAACACCAUGCUGGCGGAAGUGGUGGAGAUACUGAAGAAGACUAAACUACAAGCUGCUCAUCCUGAUCACUGCUAUACUGAACCUGGAGAUGUGGAGUGUGAUGUCUGUACUGAGAGAAAACACAAAGCUGUCAAGUCCUGUCUGGUGUGUCUGAACUCUUACUGUCAAAAUCAUUUUAAACUACAUGAGAAAUUCUUCAAAGGCAAGAACCACAACCUGAUAGACGCCACUGGACGACUUCAGGGGAUGAUCUCCCCUCAGCUCUGUAUAUGUUAUCUGUGUAUGGUGGAUGAACACAAUGAACAUAAGACUGUAUCAGCUGCAACAGAGAGGACUGAGAAACAGGUGAGAGAUGAAAACACUGAGUGAUGUUUAAUGUGAUUCAUCUUCUCUAGAAUAAAUGUUUCAUUAUGAUCACUCGAUAUAGCUACAUAAUUAAAGAUCUUCAUAUCUAAUGUAACACAAAAAUCAUAUUCAUUUCAUUUAAAAAGUAAACAACAUUGUGAAGAAGUCAUUUUUGACCCAUCACCCAGGGUUGGAUUUACAGAGUUUUAACUGGUAAAAAAUCACUCUGUUGUGCAUUUUGUCUGUUACAAUGAGUGUCUGUCACGGCAAGGGGCUGGCUGUUAAUGGCCAAAGCCACGCCCCUUCUCAACUUCCACCUCGAGGAGGUCCCCAAAGCCAACCCAAUGACCAGACAACACGAGAGCAGGUAAGUAUAAAACAAACUUUAUUUAAAUAUUUAAAAUAACUUGGGGAAUGGGGGAAGGGGCAAUUUAAAACUAAACUCCUCUCUGCCUUCCAGGCAGGCCACGGCACAGGGAGGUGGCAAGAAGGGGAAGAGGGCAACGGGGGUUCCAGGGGGUGCUGGGGGCCAAAGGUAUAGGGGGGGGGGGAGACGGGAAACACAGGCUCCUGCCAACUCCGCUAUCCGUGGCGCCCUCCUCUUCUUUCCUGGAGGCAAAAGACAAAAUAGUGUGACUUAGGGGUUUAACUCUCUCUUCGCCCGUGGUACCUGUAUCACGCUAGUCGGAUGCUUCACUGCUCACUCUCCUUUCUUCCUCUUCCUACAGGCAGCAACUGGGAACACAAAGACACGUUUAAUCUGGACUUGGAUCGUCCUCACCCUGCUGAUUA